CGAAGGAUCCGGUCGGAGCGUCUCGGGCUGCGCGUGUGUCAAGUCGAGAGGCGAGAGCGCCGGCGAUAAACGCUUCUCGGGGUCACCAUCCGCGCGAGUUUCCAAGGGGAGGAGGCGAUUUUUUAACGAACUCUCGCUCCUCUUUUUCGCCGCGCCACGAACCAAGAUGGGGGCCAAGUUGAGCGCCCCCAAGGUGGACGGCUACGCGGAUAGCUCCGCGUCCAUGCGCAAGAGGUACCCGCCGCCCACGAAGAUAGCCCACCACACCUACCUCUUCUUCGUUACGCCCCUGACGUACGAGCCGUGGGCCAACGAGGGCCGCGACGACGACGGGCUCUUGGGCUUCGUCAUCGGCGAGCACGGCUUCAAGUUCGUCAACUGCAGGGACCUGAACGAGGAGUUCGUGCACUACCCCAUGUCGUGCAUCGAGUCGUGGGCGGCCACCGGCAAAAUCUUCCGGUUCAAGUAUCGCGACACGCAUCACGAGGACCAGGUCAAGUUCAUGCAGCUCACCACGCCGUGGACCCCCGCGCUCAUUGAAACCCUCGGCGAGCUGGUGGAGAUGAGCAUGAGCAAGCGAAGGGCGCAGCAGAUGAGGGAGGAGGACUUCAAGGAGUUGCUCGCGGAGCUCGACGGCAUGGAAGAUGCGCAGAGGGGCCCGCGCGUCGUCCAGUUCGCCAACUCGCACUGGAUGACCGCGUCGCAGGGGGUGGAGGCGUUGAGACGAAUCCCGUCGGCGACGCACAUUGAGGACAGGGUCAAGGCGGCGGCGGCGAUGCACGGCAAGCUGUUGACGGCGGAGGGGUUCGAGCAGAUCACCGCGGAGUUUCCUCCCGGCAGCGAGGAACGGGAGCAGCUGAUCGGGAUCGUGACGCAGGCGAUACCCAAGCCGGCGAUCAGGAGGAGCAGGCUGUCGCAGUCGCAGUCGGCGUCGCAGUCGUGGAGGUCCCCGGAGCACCCAGCCAUCGGGCGGCUGUCGGGGCGCGCCUCCACCGACUCCACUCGGAGCAGCGUCACUUUCGACAUGAAGGAGGAGAUCAUCCCUUCGUCCCUAGCGCCUGAUUAAACCCUAACCCU